CAGCGUGGCGUGACGCAUUCGGAAGACCAGUGCGACUCUGUGGAAUAUUCCAAAGUGAACUCAGCCAUGCGUGUGCUGAUGUUUAGUCAAGUGGAGGUGGAUCAAAUUUGGCUGCUUCUGGCUGCUUUCCUCCAUCUUGGUAAUCUCGCUUUCAAAGAAUCACUGGAGAAUGGUAUGGACACUAGCCAUAUCGAUGCGAAUUGUACACAGCAUAUCCACUACGCUUCACUGUUGCUGGAGGUUCCCACGGAGCAGUUAAAGUCCGCAUUGACAACCAAACGCAUUAUUGUUGGUGAAGAGUGCGUCUCAGCUCCACUGUCUGCGCAGAUCGCGUGUACAUUGCGAGAUGCGUUGGUAAAAACAGUUUACAGUCAACUGUUUGUCUGGAUCCUGCGCAAGAUUAAUUCAGCCAUUUACAAGCCUCCAGCAAGCCAGACGCAAUCUGCGAAAAACGCCGCACAUGGAUCUCCUAAACGUCCACAUUCUCCCUUCAGUGAAUCUGCGAUCCCAACGGUGAAUAGCACUCGUCUAAGCACUUGGAAUGAGUGGACAUUUCCCAGCUCAAACAACACUCGUCCGAACCAUCUCGAAGUUGGGUUGCCGGUUAGACGCAGCUCAGUUGGUGUCCUUGACAUUUUCGGAUUUGAGAAGUUCGACAGAAACAGUUUCGAGCAACUAUGUAUCAACUUUGCAAACGAGAACCUGCAGCAGUUUUUCGUUCAACACAUCUUCAAGCAAGAGCAAGAAGAGUACCUAUCAGAAGGAAUAAACUGGAACCACAUCGAUUAUGUUGACAACCAGAACACCUUGGAUUUGAUUUCACUUCGUCCCAUGAACAUCCUGGCGCUAAUCGACGAAGAGAGUCAAUUUCCUCAGGGCACUGAUAACAGUUUGUUAGACAAAUUGAUUGUACAUCACGAGAAGCACCCACAGUUUGUGCGCCCUUGCUCCAAUGCAGAAAAGAGAUUCGGAAUCCAGCAUUUUGCGGGUGUUGUAUAUUACGAUGUGGACGGCAUCUUGGAUAAAAGUAGAGACAACUUCAGUUCCCAUUUGGCCCUGUUGAUCAAAGUGUCCACUAACAACUUCCUUAAGGAGUUGUUUCAAGAUUCACUCACAACAGUAAGUAAACCGGCAUUCCCGGUUAGUUAA